UUCCUUCUUUUGCCUGUAUUUUCUUUCUCUUUUUCCUGUUUUUUCUACGUUGCUAAAGGCGCCAGCCAUUGUCUCCAACGAACAAACUGAAAUCUAUGAAUUUCUCGGACCUGGAGCUUUUUGAAGUUUUUGAUUGGUGAUGAGGUGAAAGUGGGGAUAUAAUGUAUAAUGAGCUGCAACGGUCUGUUUCUUUUCGGUUAAGCCGUAGGGGAGACCUUACUAAUCAACGCCCAUUUGCUAAAGAUGAUGGAGGUGUUUUAUUUUCUUCAGUGAGGUUGCCACAAGAUAAUCCAAUGAAGUUUGUGUGGAAGCAGGGCUUUAUUAGAUUGGUUCUUGUAGCUGGCAUUCUAUGGAUUUUACUUAUUCUUAUUGUAUUAUUAUUUCAUGUUUGGUCUUGUCAAUCUUCAUUUUCUUUCUUUUCAGCUAAUUGUAACAAAGAGGGCAAGGUAUUUAUCACAAUGGACUUGAUAGGAUUUGCUCCAAAAGCACAUCGUUGUCCAAUUCCAAUAGCUGGUGAUCCUGACAAAAUAGUUAUUCCAGAGGGAAGAACACCAGAUGUAAUCGUUAAAGAUCUAACCUAUAUUGAGGAGGAGGAUUUGGUUAAAAAUGGAUCUCAGUACCUCCCAUUAUUUGGAGGCAACCAAAGCUGGCUGCAAAGAGAAGAGAGUUUUAAAUUGAAGCCUAGCAUGAAGGUGCACUGUGGAUUUCUGCAAAAUGGCGGUGCUGACAUGAAUCCUGUGGAUAUUGAAUAUGUCAAGAAUUGUAGGUUUGUGGUUGCAUCUGGGAUUUUUGAUGGAUAUGAUAUGCCGCAUCAGCCAUCAAAUAUAAGUGCUCGUUCUAAGAAACUCUUCUGCUUUCUGAUGGUUGUUGAUGAAGUAUCUCUCAAAUUUAUUAAAAAAAAUGUGACCAUUAGGAAGGAUAAUGACAAGGGGAUGUGGGUGGGCAUAUGGCGUCUUAUACCAUUGAAGCAUCCACCUUAUGAUGAGCCCAGAAGGAAUGGGAAGGUUCCCAAGAUUUUAACCCAUAGGUUAUUCCCUCAAGCACGGUACAGUAUUUGGAUUGAUGGUAAAAUGGAGUUGAUAGUUGAUCCAUUGCUCAUUCUUGAAAGAUACUUGUGGCGUGAUAAGCACACUUACGCUAUUGCUCAGCACAAACAUCAUCGGAGUAUAUAUGAGGAGGCUGAUGCAAACAAGCGGAGAAAGCGAUAUGCCAGACCUCUUAUCGAUCUCCACAUGAAGAUAUAUUACUACGAGGGAAUGGAGCCAUGGAGUUUGAAGAAAAAUACUAAAAGCGAUGUGCCGGAGGGAGCCAUAAUUAUAAGGGAACAUACUGCGAUGAAUAACUUGUUUAACUGCUUAUGGUUCAAUGAGGUCAAUCUCUUCACACCAAGAGACCAGCUGAGCUUUGGCUACGUUGUAUACAGGUUAAGGGGCUUGUUUAAGUUCUUUAUGUUUCCAAAUUGCGAGUACAAUUCACUUUUUGUCUUGCACCUGCAUACUCGGGAGCAUUCGUCUAAAGUAGAGUGGGUGAAAAGUUUGAGUGAGUUUAAGGGAAGUGGUAGUAGCAUGAAAGAGAGUAGAGGUGGAUUUGGCUUGUGGACUCCUUAUCCUAAGAAACUUGAUUCAGUUAUCCUGCCUUCGGUGGUAAGAACAUCAAAAGCAGGCUGAUGGUCAUUAUAAGCAAUCUUGAUCAUCUUUCGAACUUGAAAGGAUUAUCAAAUGAUUUCUUUUACGGAUCUAUCCCUGCUUCGUCAAACACGUAUACCCUUGUAAACUUUUGUAUAAUUGAUGGAAGAGAAAGGAAAUUGUUUCCAUAACAUGACUUCAUAUUGAAAGUAGUAAUUAUUUUCAGCCUUACAUAAACAUUCGUAGGUACAUUCUUCUGGAUAGACGUGUGAAUUUGUUUAUAUUAUAUGUAUUGGAUUUAUUGAUGAACAUAACUAGACAAUGAAACUUGGCUGAUAAUCUCGUUCAGCCUCCUAUUUAAGUUGCCAAGUGCUUCAAUGUGAGGCUCUUCUUCCUCAACAGGAGUCACUCUGGCAAAGCUCCCUUCUUCAAGAUAAUCUACCACUCGGUUUGCAGCUUCAAGUGCCGUCACAUAAUAUUUCUCCUAUUAUGCAAGGAAUAAAAGAAAACAUGUUCGAACCA